UUCGGAUAAACCGUAUUAAUUAUCUAAUCAGGGUAGGAGAAUGCUAGGCGUUACUUAUUUAAAUUUUUGUUUUGUGAAGAGUGCACACCCUGACAAGCUUAAUACAAUCAAUACAACAUAUACAACAAAUAUUUAUUAAAUUUCGGAAAUGUUCCAACCGGAGUACGAAAGACGUUUGCUUCGGGGAGUCACGGCCAAAAGCAAAGAACACCUUGAUCUGCGCUGCAUUCCAACGCGGACUGGCAAUCAGUGGACCCGUAACUUUACCCUCUCGUCAUAUGACUCCAGCGAGUUGAGCGAGAAUUCAACUUAUGCCUAUCUGCUGCGUAACGAGUUCCUUGAUGAGGAGAUAUCUUCUAUGGAAAAGUGCGCGCACGACACGCAAGUCCAUGCCCAGACCGGUGAUUUCAUAACAACACACAGCUCCCGAGUCUACGGAUUUUCCAAUGUCAGUUCGCCCCUAAUGCGUAGACCUUUUGCAACCAUCAGUGAGAGCAGCCAGCGGCUGCUCAGCAUCUCCAAAAGACCCAUUCGCCGACUGCCUCGAAGGCCUUAUAAGAUACUCGAUGCACCGGAACUUCAGGAUGAUUUCUACUUAAACCUCAUUGACUGGUCCGCAAAUAACAAUUUGGCUGUGGGCCUAGGCUGCUCAGUUUACUUGUGGAGUGCCGUCAGCGGUCAGGUGACACGUUUGUGUGACUUCAACCAGGAGGAUAACCUUGUCACAGCGGUUAGCUGGCAUGGUGAAGGCCGACAGGUGGCCAUUGGUACCCAGUCCGGCUACGUAACCAUUUGGGAUGCCGAGCGACAGAAGCAGAUCAACCGAUUGGAAGGGCACUCGGGUAGGGUAACUGCACUAGCUUGGCGCGGAAACAAUUUGGCCAGUGGUUCCCGCGACCGUUCAAUUCUGCAGCGCGACGUCCGUACCCCUCCGAGGCACAUAACUCGCUGCCUUCGCGGACACAAACUAGAGGUGUGUGGCCUUCAGUGGUCUCCCAGCAAUCGGUACUUGGCUAGCGGUGGCAGCGACAACCAGCUGCUCGUUUGGACGGAUGACUGGCCGGAACCGAUAUACUCCUUUGACGAGCACAAGGCAGUGGUUAAGGCGUUGGGCUGGUCACCACAUAAAUCUGGUCUUUUGGCCAGCGGCGGCGGAUCUGCUGAUAGGUGUCUACGCUUUUGGAACCUGCUCACUGGGAAGCUGGUGCAGUGCAUUGAUACCGGCGCGCAGAUCAGCAACUUGGCAUGGGCAAGGGAUUCUGCGGAGUUGGUUACCACCCACGGCCAUGCGCAACCACAAAUCGUUGUCUGGCGCUAUCCUUCGCUGAAGCAAGUGACUAGGCUUUCCGGGCAUACCCAACGAGUACUUCAUCUGUCUGUGAGCCCAGAUAACGAGUCAAUAGUCACUGGCGGCGCAGACGAGACUGUUCGUUUUUGGACUGUGUUUACCAAACAAGUAUUGCCCAAAGAGCCAAAGUCUGUGCUCAGCUUGUUUCAAGACUUAAGAUAGAAGCAAAAUUGAGAUGUCCCCUGUCCAAAAACAUAUAUAUCAUCCGAUUAAAAUACAAAUUCUUCGUUUCUACUGCUUUGUA